CAUGGGCAUAUGGAAAUCAAGCUUAAAUAAAUAUACGUACUGACAGCAAACCAAUACGUAAUAGUCUGCAAGGAAAUUAUUCAUAGAUCAUAUUUUACAAACCAGACUUUGUGGCACUUCCGUAAAAAAAUUAGAACUUUACAACAAGUUCUCUUACGUCAGUAUAUGUUUAAGAAAAAGUGUGUUCCACACAUAAUUAUAGAAGAAAGAAUGUAUGAUUUCAAUUAAUUCAGUGUAAAGUCCAAAGAUUCCGAACAGUAUGCGCGUGUCUCUGCGCGCAGAUCUGAUGUCCGGAUCCGGAUAAACAAUUAUCGUGUCUGGUUAUCGUAUUAGUAGUUCACUGCCGGUUAAAGUGUUAGUGUCGUAGUCAUCAGCAGGUUAACCAAAGAUGGAAGUACGAACAGAAUUAAUUACGGAACUCCGUGAAAAAUUUUUUAAAAAGUUGGCUGACGAGGGACCACCAGAUCCUAAAUUUCACCCUGUAGAUAUUGCUAAUGUAAACAAUAAUAAUUGGUUAAAAAGAUUUUUAGAGCACAAUGAAAACAAUAUGCAAGACUCACUUAAUAUGUUAUGGGAGACUUGCAGCUGGAGGAGUAAAUUUGGUACAAAUGAGAUUACAGAAGAGAAUGUGAUGAAAGAAUACUUAAAUAAUGGAUUGUGCUUUAUUCAUGGUAAAGACAAAGAUGGUAAAACAAUGUUUGUUAUCAAAUGUAAGUUACAUACUAAAGGCAGUAAAGACUUUAGUCAAUUGCAAAAGCUUGUUGUAUAUUGGUUUGAAAGAUUAGAAAGACAAACUAAUGGCAAUCAAAUUUCACUUUUCUUUGAUAUGUCAGAUACUGGUAUUUUAAAUAUGGAUAUGGAAUUUAUCAAGUACCUGAUCAACCUUUGUAAAAAUUAUUACCCCAAUUUUUUGAAUUACAUCAUUAUUUUUGAAAUGCCAUGGAUAUUAAACACUGCAUUUAAAAUGAUAAAGUCAUGGUUGCCACCUAAGGCAAUUCCAAAAAUUAAAUUUGUGCAUAAAAGCAACAUACAUGAGUUGGUAGAACCUAAUGAUAUACUUACAUGUUGGGGAGGUAGCAACGAAUAUACCUUCAAAUUUGUACCGGAAGCACAAAAUAAUAUAGAUGCUACAGUAAAUGGAAAAUUCGAUAAUAAGAAGGUACAUUUUGCAGAAGGUUCUCCAUUAACAGAACAGUCUACAAGUAGUUUUGGAGAUCAAUCAAAUGAAGAACAAUUAUUAUCAAUUGAACCAGAUGCAUUUAUAUUUAAUAAAGUAGGAAAUGAAAUUAGUGGAACAAUUACAAUUAAAAAUGUGACUCUAGAUAAACCUUUAUCUUAUAAGGUAAAAACAACAUCGCCGGGAAAGUUCAAAGUACGGCUAAGUUCGGGAGUUUUAUUACCUCAAGAACAACGCACGAUUUCAGUUGUUGUACAGCAAGACCAUAAUAUGCGCAGUCUCUUUCAUGUCGAUAAAUUCUUAGUUAUGUGCCUUCCAUUAAAAGAUCCGAACGCAUCGGCCCAAGAACUAGCAGUUCUAUGGAAGUCUGAGAAACCAGCAGAGGAACAUAAAUUAAGAUGUUGCGAUGGUGGAAUUAUGAGUAAUGAAACAUCAAAAUUACAUUCCACCUCAGGCUUGUCAGAAACUGGUCAAAUAGAUAUACUUUCCCGGAAAAUAGCACAUUUGAAAGAUAGUCAUACAAAGUUGUACAAUGAUGUCGCUUUCUUGAAGCAUUUAUUAUUCUUUUCUAUGAUAGUUACAAUUAUAAUGGCCAUAGUAGUUAUUUAUAUUUUAAAAGUUGAUAUUAAAAAUUCCAUGGAUCAACAAGUCUGUGACAUGCAUGGAAUAUAGGUUGUUCAGAUAGAAAUUGAUUUGAUUUCAUGUGAUUGUAUCGUCAUUGUAUAUAUUUCCUCAUCAACAUACAUCAGUUAUUAAUCAUUUAGGAAAAAAUGAUAUUUCGCACAAGCAAAUGGGUGUUGGUCUCCCCACUAAGAUUUUUAAUCCUUGCUCCCA